GGCAGACGUCCAUACCACUACGCCACACCAACUCCCUACUAUGGCAGACGUCCCUAUUACUACGCCACACCACAUCCUUACUAUAGGAGACCACAUUCCUUCUACUACGCCACACCAACUCCCUACUAUGGCAGACGUUCAUACUACUACGCCACACCACGUCCUUACUACAAAAGACCACGUCCAUACUACUACGCCACACCAUGUCCAUACUAUGGCAGACGUCCAUACUACUACGCCACACCAACUCCCUACUAUGGCAGACGUCCCUAUUACUACGCCACACCACAUCCUUACUAUAGGAGACCACAUUCCUUCUACUACACCACACCAAGUCCUUACUACAAAAGACCACGUCCCUACUACUACGCCACACCAACUCCCUACUAUGGCAGACGUCCAUACUACUACGCCACACCACGUCCCUAUUACUACGCCACACCACAUCCUUACUAUAGGAGACCACAUUCCUUCUACUACGCCACACCAACUCCCUACUAUGGCAGACGUUCAUACUACUACGCCACACCACGUCCUUACUACAAAAGACCACGUCCAUACUACUACGCCACACCACGUCCAUAUUACUACGCCACACCACAUCCUUACUAUAGGAGACCACAUUCCUUCUACUACGCCACACCAACUCCCUACUAUGGCAGACGUUCAUACUACUACGCCACACCACGUCCUUACUACAAAAGACCACGUCCAUACCACUACGCCACACCAACUCCCUACUAUGGCAGACGUCCAUACUACUACGCCACACCACGUCCCUAUUACUACGCCACACCACAUCCUUACUAUAGGAGACCACAUUCCUUCUACUACACCACACCAAGUCCUUACUACAAAAGACCACGUCCCUACUACUACGCCACACCAACUCCCUACUAUGGCAGACGUCCAUACUACUACGCCACACCACGUCCCUACUACUACGCCACACCGACUCCCUACUAUGGCAGACGUCCCUAUUACUACGCCACACCACAUCCUUACUAUAGGAGACCACAUCCCUUCUACUACACGACACCAACUCCCUACUAUGGCAGACGUCCAUACUACUACGCCACACCGACUCCCUACUAUGGCAGACGUCCCUAUUACUACGCCACACCACAUCCUUACUAUAGGAGACCACAUCCCUUCUACUACACCACACCAACUCCCUACUAUGGCAGACGUCCAUACUACUACGCCACACCACAUCCUUAAUAUAGGAGACCACAUCCCUUCUACUACACCACACCAACUCCCUACUAUGGCAGACGUCCAUACCACUACGCCACACCAACUCCCUACUAUGGCAGACGUCCAUACCACUACACCACACCAACUCCCUACUAUGGCAGACGUCCAUACUACUACGCCACACCACAUCCUUAAUAUAGGAGACCACAUCCCUUCUACUACACCACACCAACUCCCUACUAUGGCAGACGUCCAUACUACUACGCCACACCACAUCCUUAAUAUAGGAGACCACAUCCCUUCUACUACACCACACCAACUCCCUACUAUGGCAGACGUCCAUACCACUACGCCACACCAACUCCCUACUAUGGCAGACGUACAUACUACUACGCCACACCACGUCCUUACUACAAAAGACCACGUCCCUACUACGCCACACCACAUCCAUAUUAUGGCAGACGUCCAUACUACUACACCACACCGACUCCCUACUAUGGCUGACGUCUAUACUAUACCACACCACGUCCAUACUAUGCUACACCUCCAUACUCCAAUACCACUAGUGACACCACAACAUAUUCCAAUAACAGCACAUUGCAGCAAACCUAAGCGGUUCUUCUACUUCUCUGCCUUUGAUUCCCUGUUUUAUUCUUUUUGGGUCACCAAACAAAUUUAGGAGGAAACAUUGUGGUUUGGAAACGUCUUAAGGUAGAACUGUAAACUGGUCACCCAUAACAUUUUGACCAACAGAAUGUUAUUGUUGCAACUGUCAGCGGGUGGGAGUCAUCCAUGUUGUUUUGAAGGACCAGUACUGAUUGUCAGGUGGUCCUGAUGUCAUUCCUGAUUAGUUAUGGUGAAGUUCCAGUUUCUCUUUCUCAUCAACAGACUCAACACUUUAGUUCUGACUUCCUUCAAACACAAUUCAAGUCAUUCCAGAUGCUUUUUUAAUUUUCUGGCCAACCUUCUGCUUUGUUCCAGUUUCACAUAAACAAGAAAUGAAGACAAACAGGAUAAUCUAUUAUUAAUCUCUUACUUUUAUAAGAAGCAGCAAUUAUUUGUGUCCAUUAAGCUCUUUUGUAUAAAAAUUGAGAACUGAUUCCUUAUCCAUUAAAGAUUUUUUGAUAUUUGAUGUUAGAGACUUGUUUAUAACAUUAUCCUAUAAACAGCUUAUGUUUUCAUUUAUUUCAAUGACUUUCUACUUCUACCCAUCUAAAUGGUUUGAUUUGUCUUAACUGGAUUUUAGGUGGAUGUUUCUGUUUACCCAAUACAUCAUGGUGGACUUUGCUUUUACAGCUCUGAAAUAUUACUGUAAAUGAAUAAAAUUUGAU